ACACGGCUGGCGCGGGCGGGCCCGUCCCCCCUGCCCCUGGGUCGCUCUUUUUAAGCUCCCCUGAGCCGGGGCUGCGCUCCUCUAAUUGGGACUCCGAGCCCGGGCUAUUUCUGGCGCUGGCGCGGCUCCAAGAAGGCAUCCGCAUUUGCUACCAGCGGCGGCAGCGGCGGAGCCAGGCCGGUCCUCAGCGCCCAGCACCGUCGCUCCCGACAGCCCGGAGCGCGCACCGCAGGCCGCCGGCCGAGCUCGCGCAUCCUAGCCAUCGCUCCUCCACCUGCUCCAGAGAGAAGGGAGCGAGAAGAUGAGCGAGUCGAGCUCGAAGUCCAGCCAGCCCUUGGCCUCCAAGCAGGAAAAGGACGGCACUGAGAAGCGGGGGCGGGGCAGGCCGCGCAAGCAGCCUCCGGUGAGUCCCGGGACAGCGCUGGUAGGGAGUCAGAAGGAACCCAGCGAAGUGCCGACACCUAAGAGACCUCGGGGCCGACCAAAGGGGAGCAAAAACAAGGGUGCCGCCAAGACCCGGAAAACUACCACAACCCCAGGGAGGAAACCAAGGGGCAGACCCAAAAAACUGGAGAAGGAGGAAGAAGAGGGCAUCUCGCAGGAGUCCUCCGAGGAGGAGCAGUGACCGCGACGUGCCGCCUGCUCCUUGGCCAAGGAGCGAUUUUCCUUCUGGGACUGGACAGCUCCGCUCCGCUCCCACCGCCCCACCGCCCCCGCCCCCUCCCCCAGGCCCCCCCUACCCCGCACCACCACCACCCACCUGCGCCCUCGCUGCCACACUACACAGCACACCAGCCGCUGCGGGGCCCCAAGGCCCGUGUGGG